ACAGCGUCUCUGUUCGGCUUCUUGUGAUCGCAAUUCCAUUGCAGAAGAAGUGUCUGUGGUUGUCGUUGCUAAUACUUGGCGAGCCUGAUUCUUGCUCGUCGCCAUUCAAAUCUUUGUUUCCGGAGCACCCUUUCACUCAUCCAACCAUGGGGGAUCAAGGCGUGAAGUUGACGGGAAUCAUGCAAAUAGUCAGGCUGAAGGAGAUGCUACGGAAAUGGCAUUCAAUGACCGUCAGCAAAAAAGGGGAGCAAUUAGCUAUUGUUAGUGAGGAAGAGGAUCAGACCAAAGCAUCAGGUAUUCCAACUCCUAUUGACGAGCGAUUUGAGGCAGAAUCCAUUCAGAGUGACUCAGAUGAAGAGGGCUACCAAAGCCCCGAUCCCGCACCUGAUGUUCCCAAGGGUCAUUGUCCUGUCUACAUCGGACUAGAGAAUCGAAGGUUUGUCAUACCGACAGGUUACCUGGGGCUUCCAGUAUUCAGGCGGCUGCUUAAGAAAGCUGAGGAUGAGUUCGGGUUUGACAAUCCAGGCGCACUUGCAUUCCCUUGUGAGGUGGAGACUUUCAAGUACAUUCUCCAAUGCAUGGAGCGAUAUAAAAAGGGCCUCCUUGAUUAUGACCUGGAGUAA